AUGGCCGCCAGCGCGGACCCCUUGGAACUCGACCGGCUCGCCGAGGAGCUCGCGGAGCGCGAAGGGAAGUCGAAUUCAAUCGAACCAAUAAACCAUGAUCUGCCUCUUCCCCUCCCCUUGUCGCACGAGAAUCCGUACCUCACGGCCCCUACCUUCAAUGUCGAGGAGUUCCUGCUGUCGCGGGUGCACACAUCCCUGCCAGACCUGCGGAGGGAGCUGAGGGAGUACAUGGCAACCCUCAAGGAGGAGCUGGUGCGCCUCAUCAACGACGACUAUGAAGCGUUCAUCAGCCUGAGCACCGACCUGCAAGGGGAAGGCGUGCGCCUGGAGCGACUGAAGCAGCCGCUGGGGGACAUCAAGGCUCAGAUCUUGGAAUCGAAAGACGAGCUGAACGCUAUCCAAGCUGCAAUUCAGGACAAGCUGCAGAAGCGUGCAGUGCUGCGUGAAGAGAAGGCGCUACUUCACCUAUUGCUCAAGAUCUCCGAGAACAUGACGCGCCUCGAGAGCCUGCUAUCCAUCACUACCGAGCAGGAAUCCUCAGAGGGAAGUAGCAGCCAAUUGACAUACGGGAUCGAGGAGACCACCGAGGACAAGGACCGUACAAGCCAGGCCAAGCAUCUCAGUCGCGUCGCGGCGGAGUACAACCAACUCUUGUACCAUGUCAACAAGGCUCGGUCCGAGAAAUGUGUCUUUGUCGACCAGAUACAAUGGAGAAUAGACCGCAUUCAAUCGUCGUUGUCCUCUGACCUGGAUCACCUCUUCUCCAAUCUGCUAUCAGGCCUGGCGGACGGCAACAAGGUCUCCGAACUGAACAAGGCGAAGUGGACGUCGGACCUCACCGAAUGCCUACGGACGUACGACAUGCUGGGUCUUUGGCGGGACGCGGAGGACAUCUUACGGCGAGACGUCGUCCGCGCGUAUGUGAAGAAGGCUAUCUUCCCUGGCGCGCUCGCAGCACCACCAUCGCCUCUCGUGCCUCAUACUCCCUUCGUAACCUCCAACGCGCCGUCCUUCCUCCAAAGUACCAAGCUGCCAGUCACGCCCUAUACCCCAUAUACCGCCAUGCACAACCGGACAACCUUCGCACCCACUCUUGGUCUGGCCUCAUCUUCACCUUGGGCUCGCUCACUUGAAGAGCUCGACGACCCGCUCGCCAAGCUGUAUAUUCAGAUCAUCCGUUUCGUCGAGCGCGACCUCAGCCGCAUCAUGGACAUCGCAGAACGAGUGUCGCUGAAGCCCAUGUCCAUGACAUCGCGGGACAAGAACGGCAGCGCAGCGAACCUCACUAGUCUUGCGCUGGAGCCGGCGCGCACGUCGGAGUUCCAAGGCUUCGAGAUGAUGGCGAACGUCGUAUGGGCUGAGAUCGGGAACUCCAUCAUCGAGGAGCUGGGGACCGUCGUGUUCGCGGCAGGCAGGCCGAACGAGUUCCGCAAAAACCAUGAGAUGACCCAGUUGUUCCUACGAGCGCUCGAGGUCCUGGCACCAUCUGAACACGCCGUCGAGGUGAUGCGAAAGCACCCGGUGUACAUGAACUUCGAGCGGCGCUGGCAGCUACCCGUGUACUUCCAGUUGAGGUGGAAGGAGAUCGUCACCAAGCUGGAGGAAAGCUUGAGCGUGACGAAGCUCGAGAGGGCGGGAGCAGUCGCUGACAAGGAGUUCGCGACGAGUCAAGCAAGAGCGGUCUGGGAAGCGAUAUCUGCCUGCUGGAGUGCGGAGAUCUACAUCCCGGAUUUGAGCCAUCGCUUCUGGAGGUUAACGCUGCAGCUCCUUAGCCGGUACAAGACCUGGCUAGACCAAGCUCUCGCGGGCGCCGACGAAUCACCAACGAGGACGACUGCCGCUUAUCCGGCCAAGGAGCGCCGCGCCGACUCACCCGUCGGGCGUUCCUCCACGUCGACGCCGGCGCCGCCAAACGAAGCGCCGUCGGCUGAGAGCAUCGCCGCGGACGAUGCGGCUCUGCGCAAUUGCUCGACUGUAAUGGCGGACAUCCGCGCGAUGGAGGCGAAUGUUAUGACCAUUUGGCAGGAGCAGAUCAGCGUUCUACUGCCUGAGUCGGCGAAUGAGGAUGAGACGAAUCCUGAAGACGCCCUCAAACACUCGCUGGAGCAGAUCACCUCUUUGCAACCCGGGCUUUCCAGGCGCAUCAUCUCGGUGCUCGUGCGGCGCUGCUCAGAGGCGCUCUUGCCUGUUCGCUCGAUCCCCUCGCAGUUUCGCGCCAUGUCGAACAAGAAGAUGCCUUCCGAAGCCAGCUACUUUAUCCCGACGAUCUUCAAGCCCGUCAAGACGUACUUCGGUAUCAACACCACCGAGGGGCCGGGCUCUCCGCUGAAGGACCUGGUCCACCCUUUCGCUGUGGAGAUCUUCGAGACCGUUGCGGAAAGGUACGGGUACUACGUGACCGCCAUGCGCAAGACGGAAGAGUCGCUUCGGCGCCUGAAGAAGGGCCGCAAGACCACGUUCUCGCUCUUCGGCGGCGGCGCGAAGGACGACGAGGGUCGCGAUGAGGAGCGGAUCCGGACGCAAAUGAUCCUUGACGUCGAGGCGUUCGGGAGAGAGGGUGAGGCAUUGGGGGUGGAUGUGGGGCAGAGCGCGGCGUUCAGGAUGCUGGACGAGAUGGUGCACAGGGAGGAGGGUGAUGCCCAAGCUUGAUCUGGUAGCGAAUGUCUUGAUACAGACAAAUACACUGAAAUUCGGCCA